AUGGCGGUUAGGGGAGAAGCAUGGCGGUUAGGGGAAAGCAUGGCGGUUAGGGAGAGAAGCAUGGCGGUUAGGGAGAGAAGCAUGGCGGUUAGGGAGAGAAGCAUGGCGGUUAGGGAGAGAAGCAUGGCGGUUAGGGAGAGAAGCAUGGCGGUUAGGGAGAGAAGCAUGGCGGUUAGGGAGAGAAGCAUGGCGGUUAGGGAGAGAAGCAUGGCGGUUAGGGAGAGAAGCAUGGCGGUUAGGGAGAGAAGCAUGGCGGUUAGGGAGAGAAGCAUGGCGGUUAGGGAGAGAAGCAUGGCGGUUAGGGAGAGAAGCAUGGCGGUUAGGGAGAGAAGCAUGGCGGUUAGGGAGAGAAGCAUGGCGGUUAGGGAGAGAAGCAUGGCGGUUAGGGAGAGAAGCAUGGCGGUUAGGGAGAGAAGCAUGGCGGUUAGGGAGAGAAGCAUGGCGGUUAGGGAGAGAAGCAUGGCGGUUAGGGAGAGAAGCAUGGCGGUUAGGGAGAGAAGCAUGGCGGUUAGGGAGAGAAGCAUGGCGGUUAGGGAGAGAAGCAUGGCGGUUAGGGAGAGAAGCAUGGCGGUUAGGGAGAGAAGCAUGGCGGUUAGGGAGAGAAGCAUGGCGGUUAGGGAGAGAAGCAUGGCGGUUAGGGAGAGAAGCAUGGCGGUUAGGGAGAGAAGCAUGGCGGUUAGGGAGAGAAGCAUGGCGGUUAGGGAGAGAAGCAUGGCGGUUAGGGAGAGAAGCAUGGCGGUUAGGGAGAGAAGCAUGGCGGUUAGGGAGAGAAGCAUGGCGGUUAGGGAGAGAAGCAUGGCGGUUAGGGAGAGAAGCAUGGCGGUUAGGGAGAGAAGCAUGGCGGUUAGGGAGAGAAGCAUGGCGGUUAGGGAGAGAAGCAUGGCGGUUAGGGAGAGAAGCAUGGCGGUUAGGGAGAGAAGCAUGGCGGUUAGGGAGAGAAGCAUGGCGGUUAGGGAGAGAAGCAUGGCGGGGGAGAAGCAUGGCGGCUAA